AUGGUUCACUUAGGCCCCAAACCUCCUCAACAUAGAAAAGGUACAUUCACAGAUGUUCCACCAGAAUUAUUAAAGGUGGUGAAAGACUUGGAACAAGAAUUUUCAGUUAGUGGUGAAACAUUGAGAAAAAUUGUUGAUCAUUUCAUUACUGAAUUAGAUAAAGGAUUAUCCAAGAAAGGUGGUAAUAUCCCUAUGAUUCCUGGUUGGGUUAUGGAUUACCCCACUGGUGAAGAAACAGGUGAUUACAUUGCCAUUGAUUUAGGUGGAACAAACUUGAGAGUUGUUUUGGUUAAAUUGGGUGGAAAUAGAGAUUUCGAUACCACUCAAUCAAAAUUUCCCUUACCAGAACAUAUGAGAACUGCCAAGAGUGAAGAACUUUGGUCAUUUAUUGCUGAUUGUUUGAAAAAAUUUGUUGACGACCUUUAUCCAGAAGGUUGUAAAGAACCAUUACCUUUGGGUUUCACAUUUAGUUACCCUGCAAGUCAAAACAGUAUCACUGAGGCCGUAUUGCAAAGAUGGACCAAAGGUUGGGCAAUUGAAGGAGUUGAGGGUAAAGAUGUUGCUCCAAUGUUGCAAGAUGCUAUAAAGAAAGUUGGUGUUCCAAUCAAAGUAGUGGCUAUUAUCAAUGAUACUGUGGGAACUUUGGUUGCAUCAAGAUAUACUGAUCCAGAAGCCAAAUUGGGAUUGAUUUUUGGAACUGGUGUCAAUGGUGCUUACUACGAUGUUGUCAAAGAUAUUCCAAAAUUGGAAGGUAAAACUGCUGAUGAUGUGGACCCGGAUUCACCAAUGGCUAUCAAUUGUGAAUAUGGAUCUUUUGAUAAUGAGUUGGUGGUUCUUCCAAGAACUAAAUAUGAUGUUAGAGUUGAUAAAGAAUCCCCAAGACCAGGCCAACAAUCAUUUGAAAAGAUGAACUCAGGAUAUUAUCUUGGUGAACUUUUGAGAUUAGUAUUGUUGGACUUGACUGAAGAAAGACACCUUAUCUUUAAAGGACAAAGUUUGGAUAAAUUGAACGAACCAUACAUUUUAGACACAUCAUUCCCAGCCAAGAUAGAAGAAGAUCCAUUUGAAAAUUUGGAAGAUGUUGCCGAAUUAUUCCAAGCUCAAUUGGGUAUUCAAACCACUGUUGCUGAACGUAAAGUGAUUCGUCGUAUUGCUGAAUUGAUAGGAGAAAGAUCGGCAAGAUUAUCAGUUUGUGGUAUUGCAGCAAUCUGCAAGAAAAGAGGUUACAAGACUGCUCAUUGUGCUGCUGAUGGAUCAGUUUAUCAGAAAUAUCCUGAAUUCAAAACCAGAGCUGCAAAGAGUUUAAGAGAUAUUUUUCAAUGGCCAGAUGAUUUGAAAGAGGAUCCAAUUGUUAUUGUUCCAGCUGAAGAUGGCAGUGGUGUUGGUGCAGCCAUCAUUGCUGCAUUGACUGAAAACAGAUUGAAAGAAGGUAAAUCCGUUGGUGUUAGAAAGAAUUAA